CUCGGGCUGAAGAGGAAAUGUCAGCAACUUGACUGUGGACGAGUUUUCCUUCUGGUGACCACCACGGCUGUCGCGUCCGAGCGUGGGUCCCGGACCCUGGACGGCUGUGGCGGACGCCGAGUUUCCCGGUCCCUUCCAGACGCUGUCUGGCGAGAUCGGACGUUUACAGCUAUGGUCCAGAUCUGUCCAUGAGUAACUUUGGUUAGCGUGAACAUUCAAUAUGAGUGGUGCAGCUUUGGGACUCGAGAUUGUUUUUGUCUUUUUUCUGGCAUUAUUUCUACUUCAUCGAUAUGGAGACUUUAAGAAACAACAUAGACUUGUAAUUGUUGGAACGCUGCUUGCUUGGUAUCUCUGCUUUCUUAUUGUCUUCAUACUGCCUCUGGAUGUUAGUACGACAAUAUACAACCGGUGCAAGCAUGCUGCUGCAAAUUCAAGCCCCCCUGAAAGUAGCAACGUUACAGGAUUAUAUGCAACUGCUAAACCUGUGCCAAGCCAACAUCCAUGUUUUAAGCCAUGGAGUUACAUUCCUGAUGGAAUCAUGCCAAUUUUCUGGAGGGUAGUGUAUUGGACAUCACAAUUUUUAACAUGGAUUCUCUUACCAUUUAUGCAGUCGUAUGCAAGAUCAGGAGGGUUUUCUAUCACGGGAAAGAUCAAGACUGCACUGAUUGAGAAUGCGAUCUAUUAUGGCACCUAUUUGCUGAUUUUUGGAGCAUUUUUAAUUUAUGUAGCUGUAAACCCACAUUUGCAUUUAGAAUGGAAUCAGCUUCAGACAAUUGGGAUAGCUGCUGCAAAUACAUGGGGUCUCUUUCUUCUUGUAUUGUUGUUGGGGUAUGGCUUGGUGGAAAUUCCUCGGUCAUACUGGAAUGGAGCAAAAAGGGGUUAUCUGCUGAUGAAAACUUAUUUUAAGGCAGCCAAACUGAUGACAGAGAAAGCAGAUGCAGAAGAGAAUUUAGAGGAUGUGAUGGAGGAAGUUCGUAAAGUGAAUGAAAGCAUUAAGUAUAACCAUCCACUGAGAAAAUGUGUUGAUACGAUACUUAAAAAGUGCCCUACAGUGUAUCAGGAAAAAAUGGGUAGGAACAUGGAUGAUUAUGAAGAUUUUGAUGAAAAGCAUAAUACCUACCCAACCGAAAAAAGUCUGGUAAAACUGCAUAAGCAGGUAAUUUAUUCGGUUCAGAGGCACCGUCGAACUCAAGUACAAUGGCAAAUUCUUUUGGAGCAAGCAUUUUAUCUAGAAGAUGUAGCAAAAAACGAAACCAGUGUUACUCGUCAGUUUGUUCAUACCUUUCAAUCUCCGGAGCCAGAAAAUCGAUUUAUCCAAUAUUUUUAUAAUCCUACAUUUGAGUGGUAUUGGGAAUGUCUUUUGCGACCCUGGUUUUACAGGAUCCUUGCUGUGGUUCUGUCCAUCUUCUCUGUGAUUGUUGUGUGGUCAGAGUGCACAUUCUUUAGCACUACUCCUGUCUUAUCCCUCUUUGCAGUCUUCAUACAGCUGGCAGAAAAAACAUACAAUUAUAUUUAUAUUGAGAUUGCUUGUUUUCUUUCCAUCUUCUUCCUAAGUAUCUGUGUUUAUUCUACUGUGUUCAGGAUUCGUGUAUUUAACUAUUAUUACUUGGCUUCACAUCACCAAACUGAUGCUUAUAGCCUUCUUUUCAGUGGCAUGUUAUUUUGCCGUUUGACUCCUCCUUUAUGUCUUAAUUUCUUGGGUUUGACCCAUAUGGAUUCAUCUAUCUCUCACCAGAAUACUCAGCCAACAGCUUACACAUCGAUUAUGGGUUCCAUGAAAGUUUUAUCCUUUAUUGCAGAUGGAUUCUAUAUAUAUUAUCCUAUGUUGGUGGUAAUUCUCUGCAUUGCUACUUAUUUUAGUUUGGGAACCCGUUGUUUGAAUCUGCUUGGUUUCCAGCAGUUCAUGGGAGAUAAUGAUAUGACAUCAGACCUAGUUGAUGAAGGAAAAGAAUUAAUCAGACGAGAGAAGAGAAAAAGGCAAAGGCAAGAAGAAGGUGAAAAUCGAAGAAGGGAAUGGAAAGAACGCUAUGGACACAAUAGAGAAGAUUCCACUAGGAACAGAAAUGUUCAUACUGAUCCAAAAGAGUUAAACUUCUCAGAUAUUAAUACUAACCGAUUGUCCAAAUAUACCAGGGCUAAUAAUAGGACAGAAAGGGACCGAAUAGAACUUCUCCAAGAUGCAGAACCUUUGGAUUUUAAUGCAGAAACAUUCACUGAUGACCCUCUUGAACCUGAAUCAAGAAGGUAUCAGCCUGGUGGACGAUAUCUCUCAAUGUCUAAUGUCGGAAUAUUUGAUGAUGUUUAAUACCUGAAAAAAAUUGUGGAACAAACUAACCAAUGUCAACACAUCAAUUCAGCCUUUAUGAACAUUCUAUGUACCUAGAAGUUCCUCUCUACUUUCAGUGAAACAUGUCAGGAUAACAAAAACAGCACUGAAAAUUAAUUACAUCAUAGUAAUAAUAGUUUAUUGCUCAUUGAAUAGAAUAUUACCUUUUCUAAAAAUAAUUUAUUACAUACCAUUCCCUAAGCAUCUGCCUUAGAAGUACAAGUUACAUUGGAAGAAUUUAACCCAUGAUAAAGAUAAGAAUAUAUUGAGAAUAUGUAGUGCAGUUUGUUUCAAAUUAGGUUUUUUUCAGGGGAGUUGUUUUAAAGGUUCAAGGAAGCCAUAAGUCAUACUGAAUAAUACUAUACAGUUUUAUUUUUGUGAUUUACAUUUUUGUUAUUUAUAAAAAAAAGUCCAACCUAUGUUUCCCAAAGAAAUACAAAUGAAUGCAAACCUCAAAUAAUAACUAUAUUCAUAAAAUCCAUGUCUUAAAACAGGCUUACUUACCAGACAUAAUUGAAUGUAAAAAGUGCAUUUCAAAUCUGUUUGCAAAUUAGUGGGGGUUUUGCAUGUAUCAUUAAGAUUAUACUUCAUGAUAGGUGUUAGUGUCUUUGGCAUGUUUAUUAAAAUCAGAUGAUACAUUAUUGUUACAGUCUUUGUAGUAACUGGGCUUUCUUAUGCAUUUGGUAUUACUUUGUAAAAGAUUUUCAUUUUAGAAAGACUUAAGUGUUAAUCAUGCCGUUCAAGGAUAAAUCUUAAGCAUUAAUGGGAAAUAGUUUUGUUUUUUUGUUUAGUAGCCAAAGAGUUCCACAAUAUUCUCUAAUAUUUUAAGGUACCUGGUUAUACUUUUUUUUUUUUUUUCCUGUUUUUGGCUGGGG